AUGUCGGAACCCAAUUCUCAACCUGUUGAAGAUAAUGGAGAGCCUGGCCAUGGAGAUGAAUUGAUAUAUUUGUAUGAUGUAAGGUCCAUUGAAGGUAAACAGAUUUCGGGAACCGAACUAAAAGAUAAAAAAGAUAUUGAAAUGAGGGAUAAUUUUACAUCAUUAGUAGCAGAGUUUGUAAAGAAUGGAAAACCAAAAUUAAAAAUAUUAGGAGAUGAAUGGCCUUCAUUUACUUCUUCAAAACAAUCAGAUUAUGUUGUACUCAGUGAAAACUCACGUAUCGAAAAUAAGUUCCGUUUUUGUGAAAUGGGAUUGUGGGGUGGUGUGCCAGACAUAUUGCAAUCAACAUACUGCAACUUACCGGGAAUAUCUGAUAUAUUGAAAACAGUCCCAGAUUUAUUACAAAAUGGCGUGUUAGGCGAUGUAACAGAAGGGGCGGUUAAUUUAUUAUCACUAAACACAAUUGAUGGACUAAUAAAAACUGGUAAUAAUGGAUUAUUAGGUACCAAUAAUAAUGGAUUAUUAGGUACCAAUAAUAAUGGAUUAUUAAGUACCAAUAAUAAUGGAUUAUUAGGUACCAGUAAUAAUGGAUUAUUAGGUUCUAAUAAUAAUGGAUUAUUAGGUAAUAAUAAAAAUGGAAUGAAAGGUACAUUAGGUGUAAAAAAACCGGAUGUUACUACCAAAACACCUAAUUCGAAUACACAAAAGCCUACUAAUAUAUUAAGUGGUCUUGGCGUGCUUGGAUAG